AUGUCGUUCCAAGACCCCAAGAAGUCGUCCGGCAUGGACCAGCCCAAGAUCCACAAGAUCCGCAUCACGCUCACCUCCAAGAAGGUCUCCUCCCUCGAGAAGGUCUGCAGCGAGCUCAUCGAGCGCGCCAAGAGCAAGGAUCUUCGUGUGAAGGGCCCAGUUCGCAUGCCCACCAAGCACCUCAAGAUCACCACCCGUAAGACUCCUUGCGGUGAGGGAUCCAAGACCUGGGAUACUUAUGAGAUGAGAAUCCACAAGCGUCUGAUCGAUCUCAACGCUCCUACCGAGGUCGUCAAGCAGAUCAUCAUCAACAUUGAGGCUGGUGUCGAGGUUGAGGUCACCAUCGCUGCCUAA